UUCUCCGAAAAAUGUCACGUUGCUUGAUUCGUUAAUUAGGUUAUUCGACUCGAUAAAAGUAUUAAUUCAGAAAAGGAACGAUUAUGCUUUGAUUCUGAUUAUAGAAAAAUCUUUGGUAUAAAUAAAAAAUAUGGCUGCAAAAACUGCAAAGGCUCAGGUACACCGUGCGGCGAACGAUGAAGCAACAAGUCUUCAUGUUUCCUUACCUCAGAUGCUGGAUCUUGCUCUGGGAACACCAGAAGUCGGUGCGGUUAACUUGAACAUUCUUCACAAUUUUUUACACGUUUUAUUGCAUCAAAUUAACCUAAGAACAACCAAAGUCGAAUAUAGAGGUGAAGAUGCCAAACGAAUAAAAACAAUGGUAGCUUCCGCUAAAGCUGGUCCAUCAUUGCAUCUUCACGAGUACAGCAUCACCGACGGAUCUGGUAAAGUGAAACAACGUAUUCAUAGUACGGAUCAAGUGACGGUAAACGUGGACGUUUUCACGGAUGAGGAUCAUAAAAAUGCCGGUCAAACGUCAGCUAGUGCCCCAGUUACACCUCGAAAUAAGAAAAAUACAAAGGUGGCAGACGAUACUGUUAUCAAAAAAACGAAAGGUGUUAAGCAACAAAUAACAUCUGGAUCCGAAGGAGAAUAUGAAAAUGUUAUUUUCAUCGAGCCAAUUGUCGAUGGCGCUACUCCGAGUGCUUUGGCUUUUAAAAAGCUCGAACAAAGUGUAGGACGUCUCGAGCAACGAUUCGAAGCAUUAGAUGAAUUGUCUACUAAUCCUGAAUUGGUCGAACGAUUGAAGGGUAAUAUCACGGAUCCUUUAACAGACAUGUGGAAUAUUAUUAACAUAAACAAAAGGCUCGAUGCCACUGAACAAGGAAUGGAGAAGCUCACAUCAAUGGUCCAAGAUGUAAUGAAGACUGGAGUGAAUCUUGAAACUGUUGGCGUACAUGUAAAUAUAUCGAACGAUGUUGAAAACAGAAACAUACAGCGAAACAAUCCUAAUUCGGCAAAUACUAAUGAAACAAAUUUACAUACUAAUAACGAAGAGACAAAUGUAACUAAUAAUCAUCCGGAAAAUAAUCCGGGAAAUCAUCCGGAAAAUAAUCCGGGAAAUCAUCCGGAAAAUAAUCCGGGAAAUAAUCCAGAAAAUCAUCCGGAAAAUCAUACGGAAAAUCAUCUGGAAAAUCAUUCGGAAAAUCAUUCGGAAAAUCAUCCGGUAGAAUCAGAAGAAGUCAAAACGGAAGAGAUACCACCGACGAAUAAUAACCAAAUCAAUUCUGAAACGAGCGAAUCAAGAAAUGAAAAGAUUGAAACGUGUUUGAGAAAUAUUCACGACGUGGAAACGAAGAUGGAUAAUGCUUUGGCGAGAAUAGAAGAGCGUCUUCAUGCGUUAGAAACGAGAGAAGGAAUAGUUGAUACGACACCAACGGUCGAGGGCGAAUCGGCACCGGACAAGUCACUUGACGAGGAAAAUAAACGAAAGAUUCAUAUAUGUUUGGAGAAUGUUGAAGAUUUGCGAACGACGUUUGACAAUAAUUUCACUAAUAUCGAGGCUCGUCUUCAAAAAUUAGAAAAGGAGGGUGAUGAACUUACGGAAAAAUUGAAAGACGUAGCAAAACCAAGCGAAACCGGUGAUGGUGAUCUGAACGAAUUGGUUUCUAAGAUUCAAGAUAUUCAAGAGGAUAUGAGAAAAUUAAAUGAGACAGCUGAUCGUCUUAUGGGUGAUACGGAAGAUCGUGAAAUGAAUCUGAACGCUAUGUUAGAACAAAUAGAAUUGUUGAAAACGAUUAAAGCUGAUAAAGAAGAUCUUGAGGAUGCUUUGGCCGAUAAAGCUGACGCUCAUAUAGUCAAUAGAAAGGUUUCUCACGAUCAAUUCAACGCUGCCUGCGACGAUUUAACUCGUGGAUUAGAGGAAGCUAUAAGUAAACUAGGUAAACAGGAAUCGAUAUGGCAGCAAUCUUUGGACGAAGUACAAAAAGAGAUUGAAGGGAAAGUAGAUAAAAUUGAGAUAACUCCGUUGAGAGAGUUUGUUAACAAUCGAUUGAAGUCGCUUCAAGAGAAAAUGAAACGUUUGGCUGAAAUUAGACGAGAGGCCGAAGCUGCUGGAACCAAAAAAUUACUUAGAGACGUCCAAUGUAUAUCGUGUGACAAAGAAGUAGUUAUGAGAACGGAAGAAACUGGCAAAUUCGAAGCACCUCUUAUGCCUUGCACGAUGAGCAUGAAACCUUAUCUAACUUAUGAAUUGGAUCAAGUUAGAAAGCAGCAAAGAAAAUUGCCUCAUAGUAGGAACAUGAUUCAAUUCGAGGCAGCCGUAUUGGAAGAGACUAAAAAAAUGAAAACAGUUAAGGAAGAAUCAUGUGUGAAAUCUCCCAGAGAUCAUCUUUGCAAUCGUUAUUGCGGUGGAAGUCAUACGAUAACAACUCCUCAGCAAAGGGUUAUGCGAAUGGGACAUUUUCUCGCUCAAUGGGGUCCCGAGAGUAUACAGUUAACAGACGGUAUGAUACAAGGAACCGAUGGUAAGAUGUAUCGAAGUCGACCAUUACCACCGAAAUACGAUGUUUGUGGUGGCAUAGUUCCUUGUCCUGCAGUCGAAGCUAUUCAAACUCAGGAAACUUCCAAAUGUGGAAACAUGUCUCAGACUUGGCAAACUGCACGAAGUAUACCAAGUGCUAGAAAAGGUAAUUCAGGAAGGACUACGGAGAAAAAGAAAGAAGUCUGUCCAGGUGUUUCUACGGAACAUGAACAUAACGUGAUGCCAUUAAAGCCAGUCAAUAAAGUUGCUCUCGAAGUGCAGUCUACGACCCAGGCAUAACUUUUGCAACAAGGCGAAACUUUUUAUAAACAUUUAAAAAAUACAUACUUAUCUAUCUUAUAAAAAAAAAGGAAAAAAGAAAAUAAAUCAAACUAGAAUAUUAAAUAAUCAGGAUUGUUUGCACCUGGAUAAUGGCAACACCUUAAACUUCGUCGAUAAGAUAGCUUGCAAAUUGUCGGUAACUUUUUGGCUCUUAUACCUAAAUAUACGCAUGUAAAGUGUGUUGCAUACAAUCAGGCAUGAUAAAAUAAUAUCGACCGAUAAUAAAUUGAUU